AUGGCUGAUGAUUUUAGCGGAUGGAUAUUUCCUAAUGAAAUUAGUGAGAAGAGUUCCCUUUCAGAUAGGGCUUCACGAAUUGAACAAGCUCCUCCAUCACCCGAGUUGAUCCAAUCUGUUACACAAGAACUACGAGUCGAAAAUCAAGCACCUGUUACACCGGUCCCAACAAACACGAAUUCACCUCCCGAAGCUUCCACUUCCUCACCUUCUCUUGGUCGCAAUACCCUCAACGAAAUAGAACCCUACGUGUCGGAAAAGGAUGAUGAGCAUUUUGAUCUUUUUGACGCGAAAUAUGGAGAAAUCAAGCGGGCGAAGGAACCAACAGAUGACUUAGCAAGAAAAAUAACAACAAGUGCAUAUUAUGACCGUAGCGACAAGAUGUGGUUGUGGAUUUUUGUGAAUACAGUUUACAGGGCCGAACCCCAUGAGCAGCUUUAUAGAUCGACGUACGGUUCAACCAUAGCGAAAUUCAACGACUUAUUCGCCGCCGAUGUCGGAAAGUUUCUCAAUCAAGGCCGUGAUGGAAUCGCACUUGAUAAAAUCAGAAGUCGCGAAUUCUACGAGAUCAUUUUACAAUUUUCGGAUAUUUUUUGGGUGAACAACCUUAGACUGCUUGGAAGUCUUGGCGUUUCAGAAGAAGCAGAGCUAUUGAAGCAGCAUGCCUCAAUUUAUAGGUGGCUGUUGUGUUGUAACGAGCAUGAUCUAAUUCCGGCAUUGGAACCUUUCAAGCUGGUGAUCACGAUGAAGCAAUCGGAUGAGAAGGUAUAUCGCAUAAUGAAGCGGAAAAAUAAAUUUACCGUCGACAUUGGAUCAGUAUCCGAAAGACAAGGGUUCUUGACCGAAGCAGCGAUAAUCUUGUUGGCCACUUACUACAAGACCGUCAAUCUAGAAAAGUGGGAAGUGGUGUUUGAGAAUGACUUCAAUUUUGUAUCGCACAUGUCCAAAACUGCUACCGAAUCUUUCUAUUCUGCGACUCGAAUAGCGCGGAGAGAGAUGCACCAUCUUCAGCUAUUUCCAUGGGAGAACGCUUGCGACUUGAGCAGUACUUACGCUGUGCUGAGAAAGGUACAAUUUACCAAGCCUUGCGGCGUUGAUUUCAAGCGUUACAUCAAUGAAAUCGAUUUGCCCCGUUCAGAAGUAAAAGAGGAAGACGAAGAAAUAGGUGCAAUUCCUCUAGAUUUGCCUGAGACUGGCAAGAUUGAUUGUGAACAAGACAUGAAAACAGGCAUCUGGGCCAGAUGGGGACACAUCUCGAUGAUAGCAACAAACCUACAAAGCAGAAGGCUUGAAGAGCCACUGCGAGUAGAUUCAACUGGAAUAAUGGUGGAGAUCAAAAAAUUCAAAAUGAGACAGGGAAAAAAGAAAUUGCAUUUUGCGCACAAAACUAUCUCUGAAAGAGGUUUUGUAGGGCGAGCGGGAAGGUUGUUGGAAGUACUGUUGGCGUUAAAUCAAAGAUUGAUGGAAACAUUGGGUCACCCGCUCACCAACUCGAUUGACCUAGAAGAGCAAAACAAAGUACAACUUUUUUUCCUCCAGCUAAUUACUUCGUCGCCAGCUAGCUUGUCAAUUGACCCGAAAAUCAAUGAACAAAUCGACCUCGGAAAAAUAGCAUUCAUUCAAGUUUCACUUUUUAAGGCAAUAGAAUGCAGAAGCACGGAAAAAGUUUACAAGUUAUACGAUCGAGCACCUAGAUUGUCCAGACAAAAUCUUAUUAUGUGUGAGGUGGCAGUGAAAACAUUGGCCUAUUACUACCACAGAGAAAGCUACAUCAAGUGGAUAAACGUAUUUGAAGAUGAAGCGAAAUUUUUCAAGUCUUUUGAAAAGAUCGCGAAGCGGAUCAAAACAAACUCUGAUUAUAGUCGCUUCUCCAGAGAUAGUUUUCCAGAAAUGAGGAAAGCCAAGAUGAUACCUUGGAGGAAUCCAGUGGUCAUAACCAACAGACAAAAGGUAACCAUCACUCGGCUGUUCAAAAUUGAUCACUAUGCGCAAUUAAAAUCGAAGAAAAAAGACAAGACAUAA